AAACUUGGUGAAAAAUAAAUAAAAAUUCAUAUUAAAUUUAUCAACAUAAAGAAAGUUUUGAACUAGCUACAGUAAUAAUAUAAAUAUUGUAUAUUAUUUUGUAAUAUAACACAAGUGUAAAUAUAAAUGUAUGCGUAGAGACGCUCAAGAACAUUUUGGUGAGAGAGAUAGACAAUUCUGAAUUGUGAGUUUCAGAGUUCUGCUUUACAGAGCAACAGAGAGAGAAAGACAUACGGGUUAUUGUUGGAGCGUAUACCAGUAUAAUAUAUAUAAUAUAUAAUAUAUUUAGUUAGCUAGCUUAUGUGUUCUCUCUUGUAGCGCAUACGGCUAAAGAUCGAAACUUGACAUUGGGUCUGACGGCCAUUUUGGCAUUUUGUGUUCACCAUUCAAGUGAUACGCUUCGUUGCAAUAUACAAUCCCUGGCCAUCCUUUUCACGUUAAAGACGAUACAGUAAAAGUGCGUUAUCGAAAUGAUGACCGAAACGCAUAUUAAUUCUAAUCACAUGCUGAGCUCAAGUUUGGGCUCCAAAUCAGACCUCGAGAAAAUGGAUGAUGUUGGUUGGAAAUCCAAACUUAGAAUUCCACCGCGAGACAAGCGGAUUAAAACGAGUGAUGUUACAAACACACGAGGUAACGAAUUUGAGGAGUUUUGUUUAAAACGUGAAUUAUUGAUGGGAAUUUUCGAGAAAGGAUGGGAAAAGCCAUCUCCUAUUCAAGAAGCUAGUAUUCCAAUUGCAUUGUCCGGUAAAGACAUUUUAGCACGUGCUAAGAAUGGUACAGGAAAGACCGGAGCUUACUCUAUUCCUGUAUUGGAACAGGUUGACCCACGAAAAGACAUAAUUCAAGCUUUAGUGAUAGUGCCUACUCGAGAGUUGGCAUUGCAGACAUCUCAAAUCUGUAUUGAACUUGCUAAACACAUGGAUGUUAAAGUUAUGGUAACUACUGGUGGAACAAAUUUACGUGACGAUAUUAUGAGGAUUUAUCAAAAAGUUCACGUAAUUAUCGCAACACCAGGAAGAAUUCUCGACUUGAUGGACAAAAAUGUCGCAAACAUGGAUCACUGCAGGAUUUUAGUACUAGAUGAGGCUGACAAACUUCUCUCACAAGAUUUUAAAGGAAUGUUGGAUCACGUUAUUUCAAGAUUGCCAUCGGAACGACAAAUAUUGCUGUACUCGGCUACGUUCCCACUGACCGUUAAGCAAUUCAUGGAAAAACACUUGAGAGAUCCAUACGAGAUAAAUUUAAUGGAGGAGUUGACGCUAAAAGGUGUUACGCAGUACUAUGCAUUUGUACAAGAACGACAGAAAGUCCAUUGUCUCAACACACUAUUUUCAAAGUUGCAAAUAAAUCAGAGCAUUAUAUUUUGUAACUCGACGCAACGUGUUGAACUUUUAGCUAAAAAAAUAACAGAUUUGGGAUACUGUUGCUACUACAUACACGCUAAAAUGGCUCAAGCACACAGAAAUCGUGUUUUCCAUGAUUUCCGCGCUGGUCUCUGCAGAAACUUGGUGAGUAGUGAUUUAUUCACUCGUGGUAUCGACGUACAAGCAGUUAAUGUCGUGAUAAACUUUGAUUUUCCAAAAAUGGCCGAGACGUAUUUGCAUCGUAUCGGUAGAUCUGGUCGAUUCGGUCAUUUAGGUAUUGCCAUCAAUCUAAUAACUUAUGAAGAUCGUUUUAAUCUUCAUCGUAUUGAGCAAGAACUUGGUACGGAAAUAAAGCCAAUUCCCAAGGUGAUAGAUCCUAGUUUAUACGUAGCUCGACCUGAAGAUAAUACUAGUUUGGACGAAGGUAACGUGUCGAAGUAGUUUCAUCAAUUAAAAUAAAUAAUAGUUAAGCAACAGCUAUUAAAAUACAAUAAUAAUGAUAAUAAUAACUACAACAACAACAAAAACAAGAUUUGA